AUGGCACUGUUCAACGAAGUGAAAAUUGACAAUGCCAAAAAUUGGGAUUAUGAUCUAACUGCGGCAGCUGAAAGUUGGUUUCCAAAUCACAGAUCCAUUAUUGUUGGAAUCAUUGCGUCUGGGCUGGGUUUGGGUGCUUUAGUUUUGGUACCCAUUCAAACUGCGGUUAUCAAUCCGAACAACUUACAAAACUUCACUCACCCCGAGGUUAAGAACAAUAUUCCGAAAGCUUUUUCUGUUCUGGGUGGAUUUAUCCUUUGUCUUCAAAUAAUCGGGUUUGCUUUACUCCGGGAAAAACACUCUGAUGUUGAAAUGUCUAUUGAGUUGUCUACGAUUGCUGAUUCUCAAACCGUUGAAACAGUGAUGGAGAAUGAGAAGGAAUUAAUUGUGAGAAAUUACACGACGCUGGAGGCUCUCAGAACCAUCGACUUCUACCUCGCCUUUCUUAUCAACUUCUUUAACUCAGCCCUAACUGGGCUGACCUCAUCAACCGUGAAGACUUAUGGAAGAGAUUGUGGAUUUGAUAAUAAUUUUCUCGUAAUAGUUCUCACUUUGAGCUCAGUCUUCAAUUGUCUGGGUCGACUAACAUGGGGUAUCAUUGGCAACCGAUACUCAUUUAAGGGUCCAUUAAUCAUUCUUCAAAUUGAAUGGGCCUCUCUGUGGUUCACGUAUGGUUUCGUUACGCAAGUGGGUGGUACUGCAGCCAAAGCACUUUUUGCGAUUUGGACUUUCCUUCUAUACACCUGUCUGGCUGCUAACUUUGUCCUCAUUCCCAAUCUGGCAACUCGGAUUUUUGGACCCAGAAGCAUGCCAACCAUAUUUGGCCUGCUAUUUGCCGCAAUGGCGCCCAGUACACUCAUCCUGUCCGGAGUAAUUGCACAUUUCGAUAUUCGUGGUCAGUGGGUUCCCAUUUACUGCUCUGGGGCAGGUUUUGCAGUUAUAGGUCUUAUCCUCACCCUCUUCUUGCGGGAUCCAAAUGGAGCGUGCACAGCAUGGACAAAUUCCUGUGCCAGAGUUUGCGACUGCUGCCGUUGUGAUCCCAAGGAGGAAGAUGUUUGGAAUAAAACGGAGAUAUCUGACAAAAAGGAAUUUAAUUAA